AUGGAGUUUGUGGAUGCGAUAGGAGAAUUAAAAGCUCUCCCAGAGGGCACUCACCUCCUAUGCCCGCGACAGAACGACGACGACUAUGCACGAUAUGACGAUACGGACCAAGUGGACGAAAAGGGAAUCAGCGUCAAGGCCCGGGUCGCAGAAGCCACAGCACGCAAGGAGAAAUUUCUCUCGUCCAUGCGUAUUCUUGCCUACAGUGCAGAUGGCGUGGAAGAGCUUCAGUCCUGGGUUUUGUCCAAAUUGGACGAAACGUUGGAAAAAUGCGACCUCUGCAUCAAGCAAUAUUACACCGGCAAGAUCUGGCUCAUGGACCAGCUGAAGGAAGAGAACUAUCAGGAAGAGGACAUCGACGCUUUCUCCCAGAAGGUUGACGAAUGGGACGUCAAGCGUAUCAUUCGGAACUUGACGACGGCCACAACACAGCUGAGAAGCGUCCCGCGAGAGAAAAUUGCGUUGGAUAUAUUGGAUCGGGCUGGCUUGCUGUCCAUAUUCGAGACAUUGAGCUGUGAAGCUAUGCUGCGAAAUGACAGCUAUCUGAAGCAGUACUUCGAUGAGCCAUUCCAGCUCAUUCAAACGAAACGAAGUCUGAAGAUCUCUGAUUACGUCCCUGCUGUCACCCGCUUCCUUUUUGACCCGGUCCAACAACGCAAUGUAUGGGCUCUUCAAACGUGGAUGCGGUAUGCUCGUCCACCUACCGCACUGGAGUUUGAUUGGGCCAUUCGAGAUGGCCUCCUAAGUGCGCUGCAGACUGCCUCUCUGCCGCAAAUGCAGCAGCCCAUGCAGGCGCAUUUUGCCGUUAUCCAGCGUUUGUGGCGGGGCAUGCAGCUUAUCGUACGGAGGUUGGACAAAGAACAGAUCACUCACCAACUUCGUGCUUUGGAUAUUGACCCCUGCCGGUUGUCGGUGGAUCACCUAGCGUUGCCAACCCCCGGAUUGCGCUUCCUCUUGAAUACUAUUCAGACUUUACUGGAGAAAGCUCCAGUUGAUUUCUGGGAUGCCAUGCAGACCAUCUCACCUCAGGCCAUCAUGGAACAUACCAUCCACAACCCGCAAUUCAAGGCCUUCCUCCUCCAGACGACAGAAGGCGAGGCGUACGAGAGGUCUGCAUUGAAGGACAUGCUCUCGUGGAUCAACCCGUUCCUGAACUCUCUGAAAGGAGUCCAUCAGCCAUCUGCCUGCCGUUACUUGGUGGGCCAGUUGUUGAAACGCCUCCAAGAUCCCCAGUAUCCCAACCUGGCUCGCUAUCGUUGCUUCCAUGUUGGGUUGACUAGCCUUCUCCAAACUCUCCGCCGUUUUACAGACCAUGAAGCUUCAAGAGGCUCUGUUGAACGCGUGGUGCUUCAAGAAACCAUGGAUGUCUUGAAGGAUACAAUUAGCGUCAUCCUUGACCCACCAACCUUCAAUAUCGAGCAAGGGAAGCAACUGGAUAUCAUCUCUCUCUGUAUGGAUGUCGUCCGCAAUGCCCUGGCUCUGGAAUGUCAAUCCCUCAAGAGUGAUUAUGAGGUUAUUCUGAAGCAUGGUACACUCUCUCACGGCGUGUCUACCUAUACGGGACCCAUCUGGGACGCAGUUAUCAGACACCUUCGUCAGGAUAAGCUUACUCUCUCAACGGCAGCCCUGCUGGGAAUUCUGCCACUUGUGGGCCUGGAGAAGUUUCCCACCAAAGGCGAGGACAACCCGGAGAAGACUCACUUCAACAUGAUCUAUGGUCAUCUCACCCACCUCUCGUGCCAGAUCAUCGAAAGGCUCGCCGAGUUCAGGCCAGACCAUCUUAACACCCUAUUCCAAAGCCAAGACACCAGCAGUGCGCUCAUCUCCACUCUCUUUGCAGCCGACCUGAACACCUACCAAGCUUCGGUGGACUUGAUCAAGAACGUUAGUGGUCAUUCCGCCAGGCGGGAUGCCAUCUCGUACCUGCUCGAAAAGUUUUUCACCACAAUCAUGUAUGGCCUCAGCUGGUCAUUCCGUCGUAUCUCCAACAUGAAGACAUUUGCCCCUGCCCCGAGAAUGCUGCACACAGGCACCGAUAUCGUAGAGAUUCUGUGUAACCAAUCGACGGGCAUGCUGCGAACGCGCACCUUCUCGGAUCGUCGAGAGAUUCUGUCGCUGCAGAAGCUCUGGGAGUUUCUGUGGCAGGCAUUGACCACCAUCUUCGACGAGACCGAGGCGUGGCACAUCAGGGGAAAUGAUAAGUCGGUGAUGCUGGAGUUCUGUCGUGACACGAUCCAGUUUGCCGACUUUCUGUUCGAUCAAUAUGGAGUCUUCCUGGGUGCCGUAGGUGCUGCAGGGGAUGAUGCCAGUAAAGCUGCAUCCGAGAACUUCCUCAGGUCGCCCACGACCACGAUGAGUGCCAUGGUCAAGUGGUUGCGUCUAAAGGACGACUACUUGGCCACGACGCUGGUCGGCUUAGUAGCCAAGUUACUGCGGCGCCUGGGAGGAUUGAAUGUGACAACAGUAAAGCAGGACGCAUUGAGCUUUAUUGAGGGUGUUGCAGUGAACGCAACAAUCAAAACCAUUCUCACCCCGCGCGACAAAGCAGAACUGGUACGUUCCCUGGAAGCGUAUUACAAGAAACCUGUCGUCACUGCCUCCACUGCUUCACUCAAGAAGCAAUCUUCCAUUACUUCCUUUGCCAAACCCUCCGAUAUCUCGAGUCCUUCUUCUCGUGCCCCCUCGGACGAUGACUACGAUGACGACAUUAAUGUCAAGACCCUUCUCGAACUAUCUCACUCCGUUGAACUGAACAAGGACCGCCUCGCUGCCAAACAAAAAUCCGAGCAGGCUAAGAUGUCGUCCGCGGCUGUUGCCCGGCGCCCACCCGUCUCCAAGUCGAUCGUGCCUCCACGGCCCAAGGAUGACGCUACUAGCGUGCUCUCCUUCCGUGAGAAGCGCGAGCGUGAGAAGGCGGCCAAGAAGAAGCGUGAUAUGGAGGAACUGGCGAGAUUGAAGAAGAGCCUGCCUGCGCGUGGUGUCGCGGAGCAGACUGCCGAGCAGGGCUCUGGCAUUAAAGGUAUUGGCAUUAAGGGUAAAGAUCAUGCAAUUCCUGCAGAGAGUAUGAUGGUUUCGUCCGGGUCUGACACGGAUUCUGAGAGUGAAGAUGAACUCGAUAAAGAGUUAUUCGGCGCAAAGCCCAAGAAACCAGAUGCCGUGGCCGCUUACGAACAGAGCAAGAAGCAGUCGUUGCAGCAGCAGCCCAUUAAAAAGGUCAAGCGACACCGUUCGAUGAAAGACAUGCGUGCUCGUCUGUCCCCGGAUCUUUCGUCUCUCCACCACUCCAUCUUGUCCUGGGAUUUCUUCUCAAGUGGCGACCUUCCGCCGACCCUGGAUCGCGACGAUUACACACUCGUAUCUAACACCUUCCGCUCUUGCGCGGAUUAUCAGAGCACUUUCGAACCCUUGUUGAUUCUCGAGGCCUGGCAAGGAUUCCAACAGGCUAAGGAAGAAGGCGGCUUCCGACCUUUCGAAGUCAAGAUCAUGUCCCGCUUGACCGUCGACUCGUGGAUUGAAUUCAGCACCCAGCCCCUGGGUCUGCCCCCAAAGGACUUCUUUAUCGGCGAAGGUGACCUGGUCCUGUUUUCCAGCUCCUCCAAUCCCACUGCCGAUUCCAGUGUGGGCCAUUUGCUCGCGCGCGUCUGCGGCGUCAAUCGCAAGGGUGGUAAACUGGAAGUCACGUACCGUAUGAAUCCUGGAUCCAGCAAGUUCUUGUCGUCAUUUGGAACUGGUUCCACGGCCUGGGGAGUCAAGGUCACCUCCUUAACUCCGGUAGAGCGAGAGUACGGUGCCCUUAUGGCCCUGCAGUACUAUGAUCUGUGUGAGGAAGUUGUGCUGGCCAAGCCUUCACCUAUCUUGAAUUACUCCGACGCAAAGCUGCAACCCAUCAUGGACAACUACAGCAUCAAUCUCGCUCAAGCCAAGGCGAUCAAAUCCGCUUUGGAUAAUGAUGCGUUUACUCUUAUCCAAGGCCCCCCUGGUUCCGGAAAAACCAAGACCAUUGUUGCCCUUCUCGGGAGUCUCUUAACGAAUGUCCUUGGCAACACCUCGAUCUCAAUUGGAUCAGGCCAUCAAGCCCCCAAUCGAGCAUCGUCCCGAAAGAUUCUGGUCUGUGCACCCAGUAACGCCGCCGUGGACGAAAUAGUCAUGCGAUUAAAGGACGGCGUCAAGACCACUCGAGGUCGUCACGAGAAGCUCUCGGUUGUUCGCCUGGGUAGAAGUGAUGCAAUCAAUACGAAGGUGCUGGAUGUGACCCUUGACGAGAUGGUCAAUGCCCGUCUCACCCAAAACCCCGCCUCUGGCAGCAACGUCGACAUGCAAAAGCUGUACGAGGAGCACAAGACCACCGACACUCGUUUCAAGGAGACCCGUUCGUCUCUGGACGAGUGUAGAGCCAAGGGACUGCCUGCCCCUGAGGAGCUUGAGCGUGAGUUUGAGCUCUUGAAGAAGAAAAGAUCGCAAUUGAGUACGGACAUCGACAAGGCUCGCGACCAGGUUCAUACCUUGGCUCGUAAUGCCGACAUGCACAAGCGUCGCAUCCAGCAAGAGAUCAUCGAUGAAGCGCAUGUCAUUUGCACCACUCUCAGUGGUUCCGGCCAUGAAAUGUUCCAGUCCAUGAACGUCGAGUUUGAGACCGUUGUUAUUGACGAGGCGGCUCAGUGUAUUGAGUUGAGCGCUUUGAUUCCACUCAAGUACGGCUGUUCAAAGUGUGUCCUCGUCGGUGAUCCGAAGCAGUUGCCCCCAACGGUUCUCUCAAAGAUGGCAUCCAAAUUCCAAUACGAGCAGAGUUUGUUCGUUCGCAUGCAGAAGAACCACCCCAAGGAUGUGCAUCUGCUGGACGUCCAGUACCGUAUGCAUCCGGACAUCAGUCGCUUCCCUAGUCUUACUUUCUACGAUGGUAAGCUCCAGGAUGGUGCCGACAUGGCCAAGCUUCGAGCCCGUCCCUGGCAUCAGAGCGAGCUGUUGAGUCCCUACCGAUUCUUCGAUGUCCAAGGCAUGCAGCAGAGUGCGACUAAGGGUCAUUCUUUGAUCAACUACGCGGAAUUGCAAGCUGCGAUGCAGUUGUACGAGCGACUCGUGACGGAUGUCAAGGACUACGACUUUGUGGGGAAGAUCGGCAUCAUCACGCCUUACAAGGGCCAGCUGCGUGAAAUGAAGCUCCAGUUCGUGGCAAGAUACGGUGAAGACAUUCUCAAGAAGAUUGAUUUCAAUACGACCGAUGCCUUCCAGGGAAGGGAGAGUGAAAUCAUUAUCUUCUCUUGCGUUCGUGCUUCGAACAAGGGUAUUGGUUUCUUGGCUGAUAUUCGCCGUAUGAACGUCGGUCUUACUCGUGCCAAAUCCUCGUUGUGGGUGCUGGGUAAUUCACAGGCUCUGAUGCAGGGUCAAUUCUGGCGAGGUCUCAUCAAUGAUGCCAAGGGACGCAAUGUCUACACCGAGGGCAACAUUACCAGAAUGCUGGAAAGGCCGCAAUUUACAGGUUACAAGGAUGUCGAAAUGGUGGACAUCGAUGCUUCCGAUGCCCCUGGCACACCGGGAGAUACGCCAUCGAUGCAUUCAGUCUCUCGUCCAUCCUCAGAGCCAGUUGGACUUGACUCUCCUUCGGUCUCAAUGUCGGCCUCUGCGUGCGGCACACCUCCGAUGCCUUUGCCCGAAGGGCCCUCCGGCGGACCAAAGGGUUUGGAUGAAACAAAGAUGUGUGGAAUCUGCGGUAGUGGCGAGCACUACACCCAUCACUGUGAUAACGCAGAUGCCAAGGAAGCCGCUCGCGGACAGUGUUACCGGUGCAAAGAGUACGGCCACUCCAAGUUCUUCUGCGACGCAGAACGCUGCCUCGAGUGCGGCGAGAUCGGUCAUUCUUCCCUCAAGUGCCAGAAUCCAAACGCACUCCCGAAGCAUCAGAAGCUGCGCCUCCAGAACGAAGAGCGCCACCUGCAAGAACAACGGAAACAAAAUACGGAGCGCCAGCGCCAGCGACAGAUGGGUGGCCAUGGUCGGAAAGUCCCCGUCGUGCAGGCAACUACUCACACGCCGUCAUCCAACGCCGAGAGCUUGAACAGCAAGCGCAAGCGAGCGGACUCGACUACCGAUGCACCCCGGGCCUCGCGCCCGCGCACCAACCACCCGAAUGCGCCGCCGCCAAACGCGCCAAGGGGCCCUGCUUCCGGAGGUCAUCCGCAUGCUCCUAGGAAUCCUGCUCCUAAAGGUGCUGCGAGUGCUCCGAGUGCCCCGAAGAACGCUCCUAAAGGCCCAGCGGGCUCGCGAACCCCCGCUCCCCCGGGUGGCCUCAUCAAACCUUCGCGCGACGGCCCAUCUUAUCCUUCAACCGGAAAUCAGCCAAUGCCGGGACUCCAACCGUCGGCGCCCCGAGCCGCACAGUCACCUCACGCACCCCAGUCCAGGCCUCGCCCCCCUCCACCGCGCAAGAAGAAGGAAGUGGACCCCUUCAUCCGACCCAAACCUCGGAGGAAGUAG